AUGCCCAUGACUACCAUCACCAUGUCAACCACCAUGCCCCUGACUACCAUCACCAUGUCUACCACCAUGCCCCUGACUACCAUCACCACGUCCACCACCAUGCCCCUGACUAGCAUCAUCACGACCACCACCAUGCCCCUGACUAGCAUCAUCACGUCCACCACCAUGCCCCUGACCAGCAUCAUCACGUCCACCACCAUGCCCCUGACUAGCAUCAUCACGACCACCACCAUGCCCCUGACUAGCAUCAUCACGUCCACCACCAUGCCCCUGACUAGCAUCAUCACGUCCACCACCAUGCCCCUGACUAGCAUCAUCACGUCCACCACCAUGCCCCUGACUACCAUGUCCACCAUGCUCAUAAUUGCAAUCCCUUGUAAUCCGGGUAUACCUCUGUUGCUGGCCUUGUUUGCUGCAGAACCUAUCAACUCCGUGGUUUGUGUGAUGCCUCCAUGACAGAUACUCUGCUGUACCCGUCCACAGCCCUCAUGAAAUCUGAAGAAAGGAGGAUUUGCUAAAUAUGUAUUCAUAUGUUUAAUAAUAUCAAGAACUGCUGAUGCAUUUCAGGAAAAGGACAAGCUUUAAUCAAUGAUUCUGGUUCAUGUUGUUUAAAACAUUUUUUUUUAAUUUUGAGAUAUUGGAAAAUUCAUUUUUAGGAUUCAUGAUAAUUUUGAUAAGAAAAUUUUGACAUACCAUCAUUUUUCACAAUUCUGCAAAGUUUUCCCUCUUCAAAAAUUCUAAUCUUGCAGAGUGGCAGUCUGAGAGCAGAGUCUUCAUAUUGGUCAAUGCACUUGAGCCAGUCCCUCUCUAAUACUCUUUCUUGAUGUUUUCCUGUCAUGGAACGAAAGUGACUAAGAGAUGGAUAACUUUGAAAGUCUUGCUCACCUGGACCAUCAUGAAAUAAUAUGCCAUCACUGCAGAUAGACCACCAAGUGCCUUCG